AUGUCCUCAAGUGCCUCCCAGGAUCAGUUCGCUGCCCUAGUUGCCAAAGGCGGCAAGUUGGCUGAAGCGGACAUCGAAGCCGUUUAUAACAAUCUUCCAGCUCUUCCCAUCGACUUCCUCCACGGAGAAUGGAAGGGUGGAAGUUUUGACACCGGCCACCCUGGCCAUGCCCAGCUCUUGGAUAUGAACUGGCUUGGAAAGACCUUCCACUCCAAUGAGAAUGUGGACCCUAUUGUUGUCUCGAAGGAUGGGAAGCGUGUAUGCGAUGAGAGCUGGGGCCACGCUGUCCUUCGUGAGAUUCGUUUCCGUGAUAUUGUGUCAACCGCUAUGAUUUACGACAAGAACCCUAUCAUUGACCACUUCCGCUAUGUUAACGAUAAACUCGUUGCCGGUGCCAUGGACACGAGCCUCUAUGGUGACGCUGGUACCUAUUACUUCUACCUAUACAGAUAG